CCUACGGUUGUGACCCUCCUUCCUUUGCACCCCACUGGUCCACCUCCCGUUCGUUUCUUUCUUCUCUUCUUCCCAGUCUCCCUCUUUGCCGCCGCCGCCGCCGCAGCCGCAGCCGCACGCCGGUACGUCCCCACCUGCCACCGGCCACCGGUCACCGCCCAUCAGCCCCUUCCUUUCUUCCGUCGAGGUCCACGCUCUCUCAUAAACCCUCCCUUAACCCCCUUGCCGUCCCAAUGUUACGCUUCUACCACUCUCCCACUCUCACAAGAGUCCUCCUACUCCGCCGGUUUUCGUCGGCCGCCACCGCCGCCGUCCUCGAUUCAGAUCCCGAACCUCCAUUUUCGUACUUGGAGGAUCUUCCAAGACCCGAUCCCAAGUACGCCGAGACAAUCCUCGCCGUUCCUCGCUCCAUCUCCGGCAAGAACAUUUCCGCCAAAGAGCGCAAGGCUGGCCGUACUCCAAGCAUUGUGUUCGAGCAAGAGGAUGGCCAGCAUGGCGGAAAUAAGCGUCUCAUAUCAGUUCCCACCAAUCAGAUUAGGAAGCUUGUAAAUCAUCUCGGUCGCUCCUUCUUCCUUUCCAGGCUUUUCGAUCUUGAAGUUCGCCCCGAGUUUGAGUCCGGGGAGAUUAUCGAGAAGGUUCGGGUUUUACCUCGGAAGAUUCAUCUCCAUGCGGGAACUGAUGCACCUCUUAAUGUUACUUUCAUAAGGGCACCUUCACAUGCUUUAUUAAAAGUUGAUGUGCCUCUUAUGUUCAGAGGAGAGGAUGUAUGUCCAGGAUUGCGGAAAGGAUCUUAUUUGAAUACAAUCAAGAAGACUGUUAAAUACCUUUGUCCUGCCGAUAUCAUUCCUCCAUAUAUUGAUGUCGAUCUGAGUGAGUUAGAUGUUGGCCAAAAGUUGGUUAUGGGUGACCUCAAGGUUCAUCCUGCAUUAAAGCUUCUUCAAUCGAAGGAUGAGCCUGUAUGUAAGAUCGCAGGAGCCAGAGUUUCUGACCAGCAAAGGAAAUCAAAAUAAAGACCUCCAUGAUUAUCGAUCUAUUAGUUGCUUCGGCUUUAAAGCUUCUUCUGUAAGAUUAUGGGAGGUGGGAUUUUCUGACCAGCCAAAGAAAUCUAAAUAAAACCCUCCAGAUUUUGAUAGCCAUUACUUUUAAUUUUUUUAGGAGUUGCUCAGAAACCAGGUUGUUUGUUGAUGGUUCAUUAGCAUAUGUUUGAUCUCUCUCUGUUCAUCGAAUGCUUGAACUCUGCUGCUGCAUCUCCCUCCUGUAUGUACCAAAAUAUUUUCUCAUUUUUUGGGUGGGCUGAGAUAGAGGGAUUUUUUUUUCUUUCUUUCUUGAGUUCAGCAAUUGUCGGGACUGAAUAUCGACCUUUGGAUGGUAAUCUGUACCUAAUCUAUUGAGCUAUGCUCGGCAUGGUGGAGGAAGGGAGUGUUUCGCAUUUGUGUCUACAGUACAUUGUGUCCUUGAAAUUUGGAUGCUGUUCAAGAUGAUUAUGUUAUGGAAAAAAA